UGUUUUAUGCAGUCUGGCAAGGCCAGUGACAAACGAGCUCGACGCACGUGUGAUUUUGUUUUCUUUAAGUAAAACUCAAUUUUAUGCAAGUUUUACAAUGAAAGCAAACGUGCCCAUCAAAUCGAAAGGCACCGCCCAGGUGCACAAUGCGCGUUUCUACACAAUAAAUCCUCGUGCGAUUGUUUGUCUGGCCUAUAGCAAGCUGCUUAAAUGCCUGGCGCUCAGCCGUGACGAUGGCUCCAUAGAGCUGUGGGACAUGAACUAUGCACCCUAUUUGGAGAAAUUUAUAAAGCUAACGCCCGAGUCGCAGGUGGAGAACAUGGCCUGGGCUAGCAAGCGACUCUUCUCGGUGGACUUGACGGGACAGCUAAUUGAGUGGGAUCUGAAUACGUUGCAGCCCCGGAAUGUCCAAUCGCCCACAGGCAAUGCGCUAUGGUGCCUGGAUGUAAACAGUGCCGAGACCGAGCUGGCCAUCGGCUCCGAGGAGGGACACAUCAACCUAAUGAGCAUUGAGCAUGAUGAAAUCAACUAUAAAUUGCUGUUCAGGAAACAAGAGGGACGCGUGCUUUGCUGUAAAUUCGAUAGGCCAGGCAAACGCCUCGUUACUGGAUCAGUGGGCGCUGUGCGCAUCUGGAAUGUGGCCAAUGGACACCCGUUGCACACCAUAACCCUAUCAGCCAAGAAUGUCAUUGUCUAUACGCUGCAGGUGCUGAAGGAUGAUACAAUAAUAGCAGGCGACUCGGCGGGCUAUGUCACCGUUUGGAAUGCGGAGAAUGCAACACAACUGGAGUCCAAUCAGGUGCUCGAUAAGCACGUCUUUGCUCUGGCCCUGAACGAGGAGGAGGAUCGUCUGGUGUGCAGCGGCAUGAGUCCGCCUCUGAUACGUGUGCUCAGCAAGACCCAAAUCAAACGCGAAGAGUCCGUUAGCCAACGCUGGGUAAAGUUUCUGCAGCGUCAGGUGCACAGACAUUAUGUCAAGGCGCUGCUAGUCGUCGGCGAUCGCAUUAUUUCCGGCGGCCAGGAUGGCCUGCUCUGCAUCUCAUCCAGCACCAAGUCGCGCGCCUACACCGCCAAAUAUGCGCCCUAUCUGGCUGGCAAAUGCGUCAGCUUAGCACCGAGUGCAAAUCUAAUGCUGCUCCGAUAUCCGCAGUGCUUGCACUUGUGGCGCUUGGGCGUGCCGAGUGACCACACAACGGAGCAUCAAGUGGCGCGCAUGGCAGUGGGCAGAUGUGAGCAAUUGAAGCUGGAGGAAGGACCCGAAAUGCUACUGCAGCUCGUCGUGGGCGCCAAUAAGUUCAUACAGGCGUCUGCCAUUUCGCCGGACAGCAAAUGGAUUUGCUACUCGACGCUGGACGAGCUGCGCCUGAGUCGUUUGCAGCUGAAGCCGCUGGCCGUGACGCGCCUGACAGAAGAUUUGCCCGUCGAACUGAAACCGGCCAAGUUCAUCAUUUUCGGCAACGACUCGCUCUGGCUGCUGCACGCGCCCACAUAUCAAAUGCGCUGCUUCACUCUGAAGGAGCAACAGGUGAACUUUGCCUACAGCAUCGACUUGAGCAAGGAGAUCAAGUCACCAAUCAGCCUCGUGGAGCUGUCGCCAUGUGGCAAAUACCUGAUCGUAGCCAGCACCAAUCAUCUGAUUGCCGUUUGGCAGCUGCGCGGCGCCAAGUCGAAGCACCUGCUCAACCUGCCGCGCUACAAGGCGGGCACCACAGCGCUGGCCAUGCACGCGGGCAGGCCGAACCUGGUGGUUGCCUAUGCCGAUGGACGUCUUGUCGAAUACGAUCUGCUGCAGCGACGCUUCGUCUGCGAGACCGAGAAGCAUUUUGUGCCAAAUGCGCAGCUGCAUAGCGUACGCGGCCUGCUGCUCGAUGCCAACAAUCCCAGCAUUGUUAUCGUCUACGACGAGGUGCAUCUGUAUGUGCUGCAGAGCUGUGAGCAGGAGGAGGAGCAGCAGCAGGAGCUGACGGCGCCACUCUCAAAAGCCAAGAGGCUGAGCAAAUCGCUGGAGUCAACGAAGCUAAAGACAUACGAAUUGAAGAUGAAACUCAAUCGACAGCAUUUGCUGCAGGUCUGCAGAAUCAACGAGCAGGAGCUGGUGACGAUUGGCGUGCAGACGAAGAAUUAUUUGAGUGCGCUGCCUCCGCCUUAUCAGCGCAAGAAGUUCGGCGCUUCGUAGUUAGGAAUUCACUGUACCACUACAGUAGUAACUAGUUAAGUUGUAAAAAGCAAAGUAAACGAAAAAUUGUUGAAC